AUGGCCGCGUGGAGCAGUGAAGCUGAGCUGUCGUCUUACACUAUUACAAGUUCUAGAUACAUCCUGGACAAGCCCAAACCCAACAGAAAGAAAAGCAAAGACUCGGCAGCUUUCCCGGUACACGUGUCCAAAGCGGGAGGCGGGCUCGAUGCAUACAUCGACACAGGAUUCAAAACCUACCCUUUCAGCGAAACGCCCCAGGUUUCAAAGGGUAUUAACCGGGCUACAACCAUGGACUUUGCUUUCAGGUCAAAGAUUAUUGUUCUCCAGCUUCAUGCGGAUAUUAUUCGAACCGGGAAGUCACUUAAGUGGAACGGCGAUCCUAAGAUUAUCAAAGGUAAAAAGGAUAUUUCUGGGAACAAGAUUGUUCUCCAGCGAGGCGAUAUCAUCCGGAACAACUUACUAAAGAUCAAAAAGUCCCAAGUCCUGGGGAAAUAUCCAAAGGACCUGGAAAUAGCCUUGAGGGAACGCCGAAAGACUACGUCAAGGGAAGACAGUACUCCAACACCAGAAAGCGACGCCGCCACGCUAGCAAGAAAGAAGGCCAAAUGGGGUGAGACCGAAAGACCGCACAACGAGCAGAGUACCCCAGGAGAACUCGGGCUCAAGUUACUCCCUCCAGUCAAGCAGCAAGCACCACCCACGAGAGAAUCGCUCCAGAAACCCCCAGUUCAGUCGUCACUGAACAAGAGAAAGAUUCAAAAAUAUUCUCUAACUCAAGAAGAGCGGCUCAAAGCCAGGAGAAACCCCAAACUCAGCGGCGUCACCACCAAAGCCCAUUCCCCCCCAGCCAACCACACAACCCAAGCCCGUUCCUUCCAAGCCGACGGCGUCCAACCCCGUGGAUCAGCCUGUCGGCCAGACCGACAGCAUUCCGCUUGA